GACCUCACCAUUCAUCACUUCCCAUAUAAACCCUCGAAAUUCUCAGCACACACACUGUAAGUUUUCUUCCCUCCAAAUCCACAACCCUUCGAGCCAUUUUUACUUCUCUUCAAUUUUCUCUCUUCAAAAACACACCAGAAAAAGAGGUGAGAGAGAGAGGGAAUCAAGAUUCAUCGCCAUUGUCGAAUUUCAAGCAAAUAAUGGGGAAGGACGAGGAUGAGAUGAGGGGAGAGAUAGAGGAGAGACUGAUAAACGAAGAGUACAAGAUAUGGAAGAAGAACACUCCCUUUUUGUACGAUUUGGUGAUUACCCAUGCCCUCGAGUGGCCUUCCCUCACCGUCGAGUGGCUUCCCGACCGGGAAGAGCCGCCGGGAAAGGACUACUCUGUGCAGAAGAUGAUUCUGGGGACCCACACCUCCGAGAACGAGCCCAACUAUCUCAUGCUCGCCCAGGUCCAGCUCCCUCUCGAGGACGCCGAGAACGAUGCGCGUCAUUAUGACGACGACCGCUCCGAUUUCGGCGGCUUCGGUUGCGCCAAUGGCAAGGUGCAAAUAAUCCAGCAAAUAAAUCAUGAUGGCGAGGUUAAUCGGGCUCGUUAUAUGCCACAAAACCCAUUUAUUAUUGCCACCAAAACAGUUAGUGCAGAAGUUUAUGUUUUUGAUUAUAGCAAACACCCAUCUAAGCCUCCUCUAGAUGGUGCAUGCAGCCCAGAUUUGAGGUUGAGGGGCCACAGCACUGAAGGAUACGGUUUAUCAUGGAGUCAGUUCAAGCAGGGUCAUUUAUUGAGUGGUUCUGAUGAUGCCCAAAUAUGCUUGUGGGACAUUAAUGCGACUCCUAAGAAUAAGGCAUUAGACGCUAUGCAAAUAUAUAAGGUUCAUGAAGGUGUUGUAGAGGAUGUAGCCUGGCAUCUGAGGCAUGAAUACUUAUUUGGUUCUGUUGGGGAUGAUCAAUACCUGCAUAUAUGGGAUCUUCGGACUCCAUUAGCCAGCAAGCCCAUUCAAUCCGUAAUUGCUCAUCAAAGUGAGGUAAAUUGCUUGGCUUUCAACCCUUUUAAUGAAUGGGUUGUGGCAACGGGGUCUACCGAUAAGACUGUUAAGUUAUUUGACCUACGCAAGAUCUCCACUGCUCUCCACACAUUUGAUUGUCACAAGGAGGAGGUUUUUCAAGUUGGGUGGAAUCCAAAGAAUGAGACCAUCUUAGCUUCUUGUUGUCUUGGUAGGAGACUUAUGGUGUGGGAUCUUAGCAGGAUUGAUGAAGAGCAGACACCAGAGGAUGCCGAAGAUGGUCCACCCGAAUUGCUCUUCAUUCAUGGUGGUCAUACGAGUAAAAUUUCAGAUUUCUCAUGGAAUCCAUGUGAAGAUUGGGUCAUUGCCAGCGUAGCGGAAGAUAACAUUCUUCAGAUCUGGCAGAUGGCCGAGAACAUCUACCACGAUGAAGAUGAUCUACCAGGAGAUGAAUCCACAAAAGGUACCACCUAGUCAAGUUUCUCUAUAUAAAUAGAGCCUAGCUAGAAGCUUGAUGAGAUGAUCCGUUAGUAGAAGACAUUAGGUGUCUUUUGAUCCUUUCUCUUUUGUAUCCUCCAUUUUCUUUUCACAAUCCAUUUAUAAGUUAUGUUCUAAUUUGUUGUUUUGAACAUGAACUGUAGUUUUAUAAUUUAUGCAGCCUUAUUUGCAAAA